UAGGUAGGCACGUCGCGACGCAAGUUGAUCCUCCUUGCAAGUUCAAAGCAAAAUACAAGUCCGCGAUGCCAUACGUACGACGACGCGAUGCCGGCGGGAAACACGUAUACGUACGUGUAAAGAGCUAGUGUCUGUUUUCCUUGUACCGUCGGGACUCGGUUGCCGAUUCGAAUCCGACUGGACUCGACUCGAUUGCCUCCGUCCGUCUCGGCGUACGUGUGGAUGCUGCAUGGGCCGACUCGGACCUGAAGCUGUCCAUGAGAGUACAUAUAAUAGGACAUCUAGCCACCUCCCUUCAAUCCAUCAAACCAAACCACAUCCAGCAGAUCGACACACACGGUACGACCAACCUCCAUCGAACAGCCGACGUGAUCGAGGUCGAUCGACAAGCUUAAGGUAGCCGGCAAGCCAGCCAACAUGGGCUGCAGCAUGAGCCGCCUCCUCAAGGCUACCGUCGCUCUGGUCAUACUCGUCCUUCUCUUCAUGCCCGGGGCCAUGGCAGCCGCCGCCGCAAGCUUCGACGCCUCGCGGGCACAGCAGCUGCCCCUGCCGCCCGGAGAAGUGCACGGGCCCGAGAGCGUCGCCUUCGACGCUCAGGGCCGAGGCCCCUACAGCGGCGUCUCCGACGGCCGCAUCUUGAGGUGGAACGGGCCCAAGCUCGGCUGGACGACAUACGCCUACGGACCAGGCUACGACAGCGAAACGUGCACCACAUCCAGGUUUGGCACCGAGGCGGACAUAGAGAGCCGCUGCGGCCGCCCGCUUGGCCUGCGCUUCAACGAGAAAACGGGCGACCUCUACGUGGCCGAUGCGUACAAAGGGCUUAUGCGUGUGCCGCCCGGCGGCGGGGAGGCCACCGUGUUGGUCGACCAGAUUGAUGGCAUGCCGCUGCGCUUCACCAACGGGGUUGACGUCGAUCAAGUCACCGGUCAAGUCUACUUCACCCACAGCUCGAUGAACUACGACAGGUCAGAACACGAGAUGGUCACCAAGACGGGGGACUCCACGGGCCGCCUUAUGAUGUAUGAUCCACGAACAUCGGACGCCACCAUGCUCCAACCUAGGAUGACAUACCCGAACGGCGUCUCGCUCAGCGCCGACCGCACGCACCUCGUGGUCGCAUCUACCGGCCCAUGCAAGCUGCUGAGGCACUGGAUAAGAGGGGUCGACGCGGGCAAGUCCGAGCCAUUUGCCGACCUGCCGGGCUACCCAGAUAAUGUCAGGCCCGACAGGAAAGGAGGUUAUUGGGUGGCGUUGCACCGUGAGAAGAAUGAGUUGCCCUUUGGCCGUGAUAGCCAUCUUCUUGCGGUCAGGGUCGGGGCCGAUGGGAAGAUAGUUGAGCAGAUGAGAGGGUCAAAGAAAGUCAGGCCAACCGAGAUCAUGGAAAGAGAUGACGGCAAACUCUACCUGGGUUCGGUGGAGCUUCCUUAUGUCGGCGUAGUAAAAAGGAAGUAGAGAGAAGUAGAGGAUAGUAUCUAUAGGAUGGCUUUUAGUUUUUUAUUAUUCUUGCGACUAAAUGUAAUGCUCCAGUUUCUUUUUGUAUCAGGCAAACUAUUGUAAUCCUUAUGUUUAUGAUCA